AUGCCGCUGUCCACGUCCCGAGUGCGCAAGAGUCCCGACAAGGCGCACGGCUUCUUCCGCCUCUGCGGGUCGCCGAUCCGCACCCACACGCAGUCAAUGGAGUACGACUCGUUUGCGGCCGACACCCGCAGGAAGACAGCGCCACAGUGUGCGCAUACGUUCGUGCGGCCGGCAGAGCUCGUGGACCAAUCGCUGCCGCCUCUGCCUAUGAAGACGAAGGCGACGAAGCUGCGACAGGAAGAAGAAGAAGAAGAGGCUCGAGCCUGUCAGGUGGACGGAGAAGGGCACGCUUAUUACUACGACAACAGUCGCUGUACAGUCCCGAGCAGCUCCGUCCCCAUUGACGCGCAAGACUGGCUGUCGUACAUGACUGUGGAAAACUGGGAGGACUCGAGGGGACUCGGCAGUGCACAGCGAGCGGGUGUGCCGCUGUGUUUAUCGGACUGGUUUGAUCCCAUCAAGUACGAGGCCGACCGCUGUCGACAGACGAAUGCUCCCGUAUCCUCAACAAUGCAAGAAGAACCCGAGUCGGAGUGCACUGUGUGUAGCUUGAUGGACGAUCAGCAGCACUAUAUUGAUGAUGAUGAUGAGGAGGAGGAGGAGGAGGAUGGCAAGGCAAGAGAUGCAACCGAGUACCAGUUUCUAGAGCCGCAGCAGAACGUCGACAUGGCGGACGUUACGAUUGGCCGUGUGAUUGGCGAAGGCGCGUUUGGUAAAGUGUUUCAAGCGUCGUGGAAAGGCCGCGACGUGGCUGUGAAAGUGCUCGUGCGACAGAACCUGACGGCCGACGUGGUCCGUGAGUUUGAAACGGAGGUGAAGAUCAUGAGCGGCUUGCACCAUCCCAACAUUUGCAUGCUCCUGGGAGCGUGUUUAGCACCCGCGAGUCGGGCGCUGGUGAUUGAGCUCGUCGAGCACGGCUCGCUCUGGGCGGUUCUUCGCACGCGACGACGACUGCUCUCGGAUGCGAUGCGGUCUCAAUUUGUCGUGGACACUGCGCGUGGCAUGCGGUACUUGCACCAGUUUGAGCUGCCCAUCUUGCAUCGGGACAUGAAGAGUCCGAACCUGCUUGUUGAGCGCGACUUUUCCAUCAAGAUCUCCGACUUUGGGCUAUCGCGCGUCAAGGCGCAGAUUCAGACCAUGACGGGCAACUGCGGCACUGUGCAGUGGAUGGCCCCUGAGGUGCUGGGGAACUGCAAGUACACGGAGAAAGCAGACGUGUUCUCGUUCGGCAUUGUCGUGUGGGAAAUCUUUACGGGUCAGUGCCCGUACGACGGCAUGACGCAGAUCCAAGUAGCGCUGGGCGUGCUCAACCACGACCUGCGCCCAGUGAUCCCUCGCUCCUGUCCACGCUUCUUUGCCCGGCUGAUCCAGUCGUGCUGGGCGCGGGAGCCGAGUCUGCGUCCGUCCUUUGCGGACCUCAUGCACACGUUCGAGCAGCACGUUGCUUACCACUGA